UGCUUCGUUUUUUGCAAUUUUUUAUUUUUCUCCUUCCUCUACAGCAUUGUGCGAGGGCUUUAAUCUGUUGUUGCGAGUGAGUGUUGAGGUCGAGUUGUAGGGGACAGGGCGCCACUGCCGUCUCCGAAUGCCAUAGCCGAGAGAGAGAGAGCUUCUCCCCGUUCUUAACUUUUCCUUUCCAUUUCUUUCCUCGCCGUGAAUCAAGAGUUCGUGAGAAAGCGCGAGAGAGAGAGAGCGAGAGAGAGUGGAGCGGGGUGGAACAUCAGGGCGGAAGGAAGCAGUACGGAUGGCGAAUAUGGCGAUGGUGGAUGAGCCUCUUUAUCCUAUAGCCAUUCUGAUUGACGAGCUGAAAAAUGAUGACAUACAGCUGCGCUUGAACUCGAUCCGUCGGUUGUCCACCAUCGCGAGAGCCCUAGGGGAGGAUCGGACUCGCAAGGAACUAAUCCCGUUCCUGAGUGAGAACAACGACGAUGAUGAUGAGGUGCUGCUGGCCAUGGCCGACGAGCUCGGGGGGUUCAUCGCUCAUGUGGGCGGGGUGGACUACGCGCACGUGUUGUUGCCGCCGUUGGAGUCGCUGUGUACGGUGGAAGAGACUGUGGUGCGGGACAAGGCCGUGGAGUCCCUGUGCAAAAUUGGCUCGCAGAUGAAGGAACGCGAUGUCGUGGAAUGGUUCAUUCCGCUUGUUAAGAGGCUCGGUGCUGGUGAAUGGUUCACCGCACGAGUGUCAGCCUGCGGGCUUUUCCACAUCGCUUACCCUAGUGCUCCAGAUCUUCUUCGGGCCGAGUUGCGUUCAGUCUACAAUCAGCUGUGCCACGAUGAUAUGCCUAUGGUGCGACGAUCAGCUGCACUUAAUUUGGGGAAGUUUGCGGCAACAGUUGAAGCCAUGUAUUUGAAGACUGAUAUUAUGACCUUUUUCAGGGACCUCACACAAGAUGACCAAGAUUCAGUGAGGCUUCUAGCAGUGGAAGGGUGUGCUGCUUUGGGCAAACUACUGGAGCCUGCUGAUUGUGUGGCAAACAUUCUCCCUGUUAUAGUUAGCUUCUCACAGGACAAGUCAUGGCGGGUACGAUACAUGGUGGCUAACCAGUUGUAUGAGCUCUGUGAAGCCGUGGGACAAGAACCAACCAGGACGGACCUUGUUCCAGCAUACGUACGUCUAUUGCGGGACAAUGAAGCAGAAGUCCGCAUCGCUGCGGCUGGCAAAGUCACUAAGUUUUGCGGGAUCGUCAGCCCUCAAGUUGCCCAACUACAUAUUCUUCCGUGCGUGAAGGAUUUGUCAACUGAUUCGUCACAACAUGUACGAGCUGCUCUUGCAUCGGUUAUUAUGGGCAUGGCGCCAUUGUUAGGAAAGGAAGCUACCAUUGAGCAACUUCUGCCCAUAUUUCUGUCACUGUUGAAGGAUGAAUUUCCAGAUGUGCGACUAAAUAUUAUCAGCAAGCUAGAUCAAGUGAAUCAAGUGAUAGGUAUCGACUUGUUGUCCCAGUCACUUUUGCCAGCCAUCGUCGAAUUAGCAGAGGACCGGCAUUGGCGUGUCCGUCUUGCCAUAAUUGAGUACAUCCCUUUAUUGGCCAGCCAAUUAGGUGUGGACUUUUUCGACGACAAACUAGGCGCUCUUUGCAUGCAGUGGCUUGGAGAUCAGGUGUACUCUAUCCGAGAGGCAGCUGCCAACAAUCUCAAGCGUCUUGCCGAAGAGUUUGGUCCUGAGUGGGCAUUGCAGCACAUCAUUCCACAGGUGAUGGAAAAGAUAAACAAUCCUCAUUAUUUGUAUCGCAUGACGGUACUUGUUGCGAUUUCUCUUCUUGCUCCAGUAGUUGGUUCCGAAGCCACUUGCCAGACAAUGUUGCCUGUGGUCAUCAAUGCAGCAAAAGACAGGGUUCCAAACAUCAAGUUUAACGUCGCCAAAAUGCUGCAAUCCAUGAUUCCGAUUGUUGAUUCCACUGUUGUGGAGCAAACAAUUCGGCCAUGCUUGUUGGAACUUCAGGAAGACCCUGAUGUGGAUGUCCGAUUUUUUGCGGGCCAGGCUCUGCAAGCAUGUGACCAAGUCAUGUGUGCUUGACUCGAAUAAUGUAUCUCGAACUUUAUUCGCUCAAUAGCUGCAGUGUCGUUUUCUCUACAAGCCCAGCUUAGUGUUAGUCUAGUUAGUCCUUUGGUCCUUCCCGCAUUGGCGUUCGAGGUGAAUGUAGCAGAACUGGAAUGCAAAUUUGGCUUCUUAAGGGACCCAUACCAGUCGAUGAACGGAGUCAUUAUAGAAAUAGGCAACCUGCAGGGACCCCCUCAGACUUCCAUCUACGAAGGACCACUAGGUAAUGUGCUUUUAUUAAAUUUGAUCCACAUCUGUAUUUACUCUUGUAUGUAUAUCUUCUACAGGAGGAAGCUAGUGAAAUGAAGCCUGACUUCACAAGUUGAGUCUCUUUUGAGAAUCAA